GCACGUGAAUAUUCAAGAGUUGAUGCACCAUUGACACUAUCACUAUUAGUAUCAGUUACUGUUUGUAUUAUCAGUGUUGGUGCUGAAGACGUAGAAGAAGACGCUGGUGCUGAAGACGUAGAAAAAGAUGCUCGUGUUGAAGAAUUGUUCGAAUUUAAUACUUCAUCAGCCGAAUAUUCAUUUAUGGUUGAUUGA